AUGAAGUUCAAGUUGGUCCCAGCCAAGUUUCUUCGGUCAGAUUGUGUUCUUUUCCUCUUCCGGUUUUCCGUGCCAUUCAGCGCUACGUUUACACGGAGCAGCCAGCGAUUGUGAACGACAGGGAAUUCAGAGAGUUGGUGCUGCAAGACUCGGAAAGCCUUCAACGAAGGGAGGACGUCGACACCAUUGAUAUUAUUGAUAAUAUCCGGUGGCACUUCACGGCUAAAAAUUUCUUCGAGGCGCAGGAAAAGUUGGAUAUCAUAAAUGAAUUGCUGAAAGAACUUAAUUUGGAUGCCUGA